UUCGUUCCCACCUCUUUGAUUUCCUCUUCCUGAAGACCCAAAUCGUACUCUUUCCGACGGAUUUCCUCUUCCUGGAGGGCCAGAAAGCCGUUACCGACGGCUUUACCGAAAGUCUUGAUUUGACAAAAAUGUCCCUAACAAGUUGGUAAUAUUUCCCGCAAACCAAAUAGGGUCGGUCUUCCUCCUCCUCAUCCUUUCAAUUCCUAACCAGGAGCGGCCGUCUCUCUCAAUCGCACCCCCUUCCUUUCCAUGCGGCCAUUCCCGUCCUCGUCAAUUGAAGGACUGUUCUCGAGUCACUCCGUCUCUCUCAUCUCCGUCGACGAGACCAUCAGAACACCGGGAGCGGCCGUCUCUCUCUCUCAUCUCCGUCUGUUGUAGCAGUUUCUGAAACAAUGAUAAAUUUGUGGGGCUAUAGAUAGAUGCAGUGGGGAGGGCGGAGGUUACAUUCGGCGACGCGGAUCUGAUUUGUAAGGAAUAAGCAUGGUUUUCUUUGAUCCCCAGGAUGAGGAUAGUGUUUUUAAGAGCUUGAUUUAAGGUACAAAAUUUCCUGUUUUUGGAAUCAAUUGACAUCUUGAUACAAGAUCCUCUGGUGUAGCAGUAUAAUUCUAUAGGCAUAAAUAGUGAAGAAUGGCAGAUGAGUUAUCAGGCUUCUGGGGCCCUGUUACAUCCACCACUGAUUGGUGUGAACAGAACUAUGCUCGCUCUCCUUAUAUUGCAGAGUUUUACAACACUAUCUCAAAUGCCCCUGGCAUCCUUUUGGCAUUCAUAGGUCUUGUAAUUGCCUUGAGGCAGCGCUUUGAGAAACGAUUUAGUGUCCUACACAUCUCAAAUAUGAUUCUAGCCAUUGGGAGCAUGCUAUUCCAUGCCACGCUGCACAGAGUGCAGCAGCAAUGCGAUGAAACACCUAUGGUAUGGGAAAUGCUCCUCUAUAUCUAUAUCCUCUACUCACCAGAUUGGCAUUAUCGGAGUACAAUGCCCACCUUCUUGUUCAUCUAUGGUGCAGCAUUCGCCAUUGUGCAUUCAAAGAUUCGUUUCGAAAUUGGUUUUAAGGUGCACUACGUGGUCCUUUGCCUAAUCUGCAUUCCACGGAUGUACAAGUACUACAUUUACACAGAGGAUCAAUCUGCAAAGAAACUUGCAAAGCUAUAUCUGAUCACCUUAUUGCUUGCUAGUAUCUGCUGGCUUUGCGAUCGUCUGUGCUGCAAGGAGAUGUACAAUUGGAACUUCAAUCCACAAGGGCAUGCUCUGUGGCACAUCUUCUUGGGGUUCAACGCAUAUUUUGCCAACACAUUCUUGAUGUACUGCCGAGCUAAGCAACGCAAUUGGAGUCCCAAAGUUGUCCACCUGAUGGGAUUCUUCCCCUACGUGAAGAUUCAAAAACCCAAGGCCCAAUAGAAGUACUGGAUGGCAAAACUAUCCCUCUUAUUCAGGCGAGUUAGGUGCUAGAUUUGGGCAUCUGAGCUUAAGCGAGUAACAGCAAUUCAUUCUUUUUUAUGCUUGUUUUCUUUUCCUACCCAACUUUACCAAUGUAAAGUAAAUGACAUUUGAUUUUGUUGGUGUCGAAUGGUAAUGGUAGUAGUUCUUCAGGUUAAACUAGUGGUCCCACUGUACCAUAAUUUUGCGGACUUCUAAAAACUGCUGAAUUUAACCUGGAAGCACUGGGGCUUUUGAUUUGUUUUAGAUGAUGAUGAUGAUAAUGCUCAUGUGUUUUCUGACCCAUUGAUGCA